CCGCUGUCAUGAGAGGCUGGGUGUUGCGACUCUGUUUCUCAGUCAAUCUCAAGUGACCCGUUCAUCAAAUAUGAAGUGUCAUUAAAAAUUUAACAUGUAUUAACCGGGAGAAAGAGUGUAUACAUACGAGCGAGUGGUUUUUCCCAGAGUGUGUUAUGGUUUUCAGUGUUUAAACAGUAUUUGGGCCAAGUUUCUGUGAUUGACUUAGUUUCGAUUGGAAUACUGUACUUACUUUAGGAAGGAAGUAGAGGAAGGUUACGAAUAUUUGGACGUUUUGAGGAUAUUUCUGGAUAUUACGUCAAUAUUAUACCCGUCAUUAUAAGGUGUGAUGGUAAAGCCGUGGGCGUGAUGGAGGGUGGGUUGGGGCCGGAACUCACCAUCUACUCAGCCCGCUACGCCUCGCCCCCGCCCAGGCUGCGACCCGCCCACCCAACCCACACCCAUCACCACGUCCAUGACUACGGCACCCCGCCCAGACACCCGGGGGUGCCGUCAGGUGGGUCGCUCCUGGGCAUGGUAAGUGGGCCGUUCUCCGGGCCUCUGUCACUGCCCCAGGGGUCCGGGUACUGGGGAACUGCGCCGGGGCUGCGGGGGCACCACCAUCACCACCACACCUUCCCUCCCUACCCGCCACUCCCGCCGCCUCCACCUCGUCGCCUCCACCUCCACCCUCAUGGCCACCAGUCCAUGCCGCUCAUGGGUCUUCGGGAACCGAUGCCCACGCCGCCGCCUGCCGGAAGAUGGGACGAAGACCCAUGUUUCCUGCGGCCACAUUCCCCGGACACACCGUGCCCUCACAAGCCUGGCACUUCGUCCUCCCAGCAGGAGGAUGGUACGUGUUUUGUGGUGAUGGGCUCCCGAGAACCUUCAGAAACGUCGCACACUUUCGCCGCCAAGAAUCCUUUCGUUAUCCGACAACAGCGGCGACAACAGCAACAGCAACAGCAACGGCAGCAGCAAGAGGAAGACGGUGUUUACUCCUAUGCAGGCGAAGGGAUCUUGUGUCCAGCCGACGUCAUCCGCGCCCAGGCCGCCAUGGACGACUCUGACAGCUAUGGCGGCUCUCUGGCCUCCGAGAACAUCUACGAGGAGAUCCCCGAGACCUGGCGAGGAACGUGGUCACGACGCUCGCUUGUAGAAGAAGUCCUGGACGAGUACGAGAGAGUUCGAGCAGGUCACCGGCGGGUCCUGUCUGCCCUCAACCUGGACGUGGAGACCCUCAUCAGACCCAGCGGCCAAGAUGGCACCGCCUCCCCGGACUCUGGACUCACCGUUUCGGCUUCGGACUCUUCUUGCGAACCGAACCCCUUAAACUACGACAUGCCACGCCCACGCUCGCCCACCAACCGCAGGGAGUCGUGCUUUGGGCGGUUUUCCCAAAGCAGCAGCUCAACCCAGAAGGACAGAGAGACCAAAACCGAGAAGUCGCCCAAGAACAAGGGGCGGCUGGUGAAGUGUGAGUCUCUAGACCUGAAAGAAGCCAUGAUGAGGAGGCCGUCGGGAGGGCGGGGCCGAGGCUUCAAGGAGAGGCUCGGGGGCGUCCGGGAGAAAAUAGAGAAGAGAGGAUGGCGCUUCCCCAACUUCUCCAGGAAAGGUAUGAGACAUUGGCCUUCAGUAGGGCUGCUUGGACUCAGGUAA